AUGGCAUCAGUGAAUAGAAGUUCUUCACAAAAAUCACUCGAAAUAAAGACAAAAUCAAUUGAAGCAACACUUGUACCACUUGUAACACAAAUUUCAACAUUAGUUAAUUUUAAAGAAAGACCUCGGACUUCAUUAACAGCCAAUGAAAAAACACUUCAAGCUAUUAAUAGAGUAGGAGAAGCUGUACAUUUGGCGGUUGAACGUUUUGUUUCUGUCGGAGAGUCGAUUGCUAAUGAAAAUCCUGAAAUAAAGUCAGAUUUAAUUGAUGCAUGCCGUGAAGCUCGAUCAGCUGGCGAAUCUAUAAAACGUAUAACUUGCGUUGAAUACGAUACAUUCGGAAAACCAAUUUGUGUAACUGACAGACAAAGUAUGAUACAUGCUGCACGUAGUUUACUAAGUGCAGUAACACGUGUUCUACUAUUGGCUGACAUGGUUGUUGUAAAGCAGAUUAUUUCUAUUAAGAAAAAGGUCAUGUCGACAUUAAAUCGCCUUGAAACAGUAACAUCUUUUUCUGAGUUUAUCAAACUAUUUGCAAUCUAUGGAAGUCAAAUGGUUGAAUUAGCACAUCUAACAGGCGAUCGACAAAAUGACUUAAAAGAUGAACGACGCCGAUCCCAACUUUCAGCUUCUCGAACUAUUCUAGAAAAAUCUACGAUGCUUAUAUUGACUUCAUCUAAAGCUUAUCUUCGCCAUAUCGAAUGUCAUCAUUCUCGUCAAUGUCGAGAUCUUGUCUAUGAUCAAAUUCGUCGUGCACUCGAGAUGGCUGGUUUAAUAGUUUAUGAUUCAGGCUCAACAACACAAACCAACAAUCCAACACAGACACUUAUGCUUACUAAAGAUGAAAUUAAUUUCGUUAAAUCAUUAAGACAAUUUGAAUAUGCUGUUGAAAUGUUAAAUGUCUCAGUAACAUCAUCAACUAAAGAACAACUCCAACAAUUAUGUAGUAAAACUAUUGAUAAUAGUCAAGAUUUUACUGAUUCAAUUUAUAUAAGUAUUGAACAACGAGAAAAACUACUUGAAUUUCAUAAAAAUCUACAAGAACAACUCGGAGAAAUUAUUAAAAUUACAACAAAUACGAAUGAUACUGGAUUUUCAUUGAAAAAUGAUGUUCUUCCAUUAUCGAUUCAAACAAUUCAACAAUUAGCACGUGAUUUUCGAAAACACUUAGAACAAAUGACUAUAUAUCGUGCAUCGGAAUUCUUUCGAACACAUGAUGAAAAUGUUCUACUUAAUGAAAUAAAAACAUAUUCAUUGACGGGUCGAUUAGAUCUAUUACAGGAAGCUAUUGAUAAUUUUCGAGAGCAAGCCGAUAUUGCGAUUGAGUUAAGUAAACUAUUGAAACAUAUUAGUGCAUGCGAUCAAUUACAAGUAUCAAGCGAAUAUCAUGAUUUAGUAUUUCAAAAUUUAUCAAAUAUGAUCAUUGCAUCAGCACAGUCCGUUGCUGCACAUUCAACUAGCCGAGUACCAAAAGAAAAUCUUGAUGUUCUCUGUCGUUUUUGGGAACAGCAAAUCAAUGAUUUUUCAAUUCUUGUGAAAGAAAUAGAAGAUGUAAUAGAAGGUCGUGGUGAAAAAAACGUUUAUUUAUCAUUGCCAAGACCUGGUAAACAUGGAACAACAUCUAAAGCUGGUUUUAAACCAACAAAACUUGACUCUGAUGAGCAAGCUAAAAUUGCCAAAGCUGGUCUUGAAAUGAAAUUAGUUACUUCCGAAAUGGAUGCCGAGGCGGAAAAAUGGGAUCAACCACAAAGUGAAAUAGCUAAACGUGCAAAAAAUAUGUCAUCAAUGGCAUUUUCAAUGUAUUUGUUUACGCGAGGCGAAGGAACAUUACGCACGACACAAGAUUUAUUUACCCAAGCUUAUUAUUUUGUUGAAGAAGGUGCUCGUUUAUCUGCUAUUGUUCAUGAAUUUGCCAAUCAAAUACCAAAUAAAAAUGCUCGACAAGAUAUUUUAACACAAUUAGAAAGAAUACCAUUGAUGUGUCAUCAAUUAAAAUUAAAAUUAAAAACCCCUGUAUCAGGAAAAAAUUCAACAUUUUCAAAAGUCGAUACUGUUAUAUGUGAAACACGAGAUUUAAUGAAUGCAGUAGCUCGUUUGUGUACUAACGUUUUUGUUUGUCAAUCAAAAUAUAACAUUGUUGAUUAUCGUACGACUUCAAGUAAUCAUAAUUAUGUUCGACCACCGAUACCAUCUGUUAAAUGGAGUCGAACAACAACUAUGGAAAGAGACGAUCGUAUGGAAAGUAAACCGGAACGUGCAAUGCGUUCGUCAUCAUUACAGCGACCAUCGAACUAUUUACCGGACUAUGAUUGUAUAUAA